AGGAGGAGCCGAGGCGGAGGAGCAGCAGCCAAAAGCCGCGGCGCCCGCCCGCCGGACCCGGAGAGCCUCCUGCCUCCCGUCUGCACAAAGGAGCAGCCAAGGCAGAAGGAGCAGCCAUGCCGGGCUCGGCCCCGCUGCUCUUCCUCCCGCUGCUCUUCCUCCUCCUCGUCCCGGCCACCACGCCCCGGAGCCCGGACAAGCCGGGCUACUUGGUGGCCGUGCCCUCCGUCUUCCGCUCGGGCGUGGAAGAGUCUGUCAGCGUGACCAUUUUCAACCCCGUCGCGGAGACUCCCGUCCAGAUCCAGCUGGUCAUCAAGGGGGAGGCGGUGGCGCGAGGCCACGGAACGGUUCUGGGUAAAGGAAUCGUCAAGCUGAAGGUGCCGGCGGGGCUCCGGGGUCAAGCGCACUUGAAGGUCUGGGGCAACCGGCACUUGGCCGAGGAGGGCUACAUCUUCUACAACCACACCACCAUCACAGUGGACAGCAAAGGGGCCUCCGUCUUCAUCCAGACAGACAAACCCAUCUACCGGCCGAAGCAGAAAGUGCUGAUCAACCUGUUUGCAGUCAGCCCAGACUUGAGGCCAGUCAACGAGAGGAUCGAAGCCUACCUGGUGGAUCCUCGAGGGUCUCGGAUGAUAGAGUGGAACAACCUCAAGCCCGUUUGUUGCGGCGUCCUGAACAUGAGCUUCCCUUUGUCCGACCAGCCGGUGUUCGGGGAAUGGCUGAUCUUUGCCGAAAUGCAAGGGCACAAGUACAACAAGUCAUUUGAAGUCCAGAAAUAUGUUUUACCCAAGUUUGAGCUCCGGAUUGUCUCCCCUCCCUACAUCCGGGACUUUGACGUCUGCGAGAAAGCAACGGUUACGGCCAGGUACACGUUUGGGAAACCCGUGGUGGGGCGGCUGACCGUCAACAUGACUGUGAACGGCGUGGGAUAUUAUCGGCACGAGACAGGGCACCCCGUCCUCAAAACGGCUGAAAUUGACGGCUCUGCAGAUUUCGAGGUGUGUGUUAAGGACAUGAUGCCCGCCGAUGUGCCCGAGCAUUUCAGAGGUGUGGUCAGCAUGUGGGCCUCCGUGACCAGUGCCGACGGGAGCCGGCAGGUCACGUUUGACGACUCCACCGCCGUCCAGAAGCAGCUCGUCGACAUCAAGUACACCAAAGACACCCGGAAGCAGUUCAAGCCUGGCUUGCCCUACAAGGGGAAGGUGGAGGUCACCUAUCCUGACGGGAGUCCUGCCGACGGAGUGACCAUUCGGAUCAAAGCGGAGCUGGCUCCCAAGGACAACAUUUAUACCAGCGAGCUGGUCUCCCGCGGCGGCCUGGUGGAGUUCGAGAUCCCGUCCAUUCCCGCUGUUGCCCAGUACGUCUGGCUGGAGACCAAGGUCAUUGCCCUCGACGGGAAGCCGGCCAGAGACCAGUACCUGCCCAACUACCUCUCCAUCAGCAGCUGGUACUCGCCCAGCAAGUGCCACAUCCAGCUCCAGGCGGCCGACGGGCCCUUCCAGGUGGGAGAAGAAGCCCGUGUGGCGGUGAAAUCCACCUGUCCGUGUAACUUCACGCUCCACUACGAAGUGGUUUCGCGGGGAAACAUCGUCCUGUCGGGGAUGCAGCCUGGGAACUGGACUCGGGGGAGGAGCCACCGGGACGCCCCCAGGACCCCGCCCUCGGGCAGCCGGAGCAUUCGCGUCACUCACCUUGCAGCCCCGACCCCUCCGACCCUGGCUCCAGAGACCUGCAUGGCCACCCUACACUUCCGGGUCACCCCCAAUAUGGCUCCGCUGGGCCGCCUGCUGGCCUACUACGUCCGGGAGAACGGCGAAGGGGUCUCCGAUAGCCUCCAGUUCGCCGUCCAGCCCUCCUUUGAGAAUCAGGUGUCGGUGGCAUUUUCAGCAAACGAGACCAGGCCGGGCGACUCGGUGGCCAUCAAGGUGCGGGCAACCAAGGGGAGCUGCGUCUGCCUGGCUGCCGUGGACAAAAGCGUGUACCUCCUCAAACCGGGCUUCCAGCUGAACUCUGCGACAAUCUUCCAGGAACUCGCCGAGUACGACGUGUUGGACGCCUUUGGGGCCAACAAGGAGGACGGUCACUUCUGGUGGCCCGGGGUCUCCUUGCACGGGCGGCGCCGGCGCUCCUCCGUCUUCCCCUGGCACUGGGACGUCACCAAGGAUUCCCGCUUCGCCUUCACGGAGACCGGUCUGGUGGUCAUGACGGAUUUUGUCAGCUUGAAUCACCGGCAGCACGGGGGAAUGUACACCGACGAGGCCGUGCCGGCUUUCCAACCUCAUAGCGGGACUCUGGUGGUUGCUUCUCCUCAUCCCAAAGCCCUGCCCAGAGUAGACAAGAGGAAAAGGACUUUCUUCCCGGAGACUUGGCUUUGGCGUUGUUUGAAUGUCAGCGAGGUCUCCGGAGAAGCGGUGCUGCGGGUGGAGGCGCCGGACUCCAUCACCACGUGGCUGGCGGAAGCCGUGGGGCUGUCCGAGGAGAGCGGCCUGGGCCUGGCCCCACAAGCCAGCCUGCGGACCUUCAAGCCCUUUUUCCUCGAGUUCGCCCUCCCGUACCGCGUGAUCCGGGGGGAGCAGACCAAGAUCCCGCUGACCGUCCACAACUACCUGCCCCUCUGCGUGGAGGUGCACGUCAAGAUCUCCGUCCCCAAAGGGAUCCGCUUUGUGGGGCAUCCCGGGAAGCACCACCUGACCCGCAAGAAGUGUGUGGGCCCCGGAAAGGCCCGGCCCACCUCCGUGGUCCUCUCCUUCGCCGAACUGGGGCAGAACAACAUCACAGCCAAAGCCUUUGCCUACAGCGGGAGCGGCUGUUGCCAGGAGAGCGGGCCCUCUGCUAAAACCAGCAAGUACCCCGAAGACCCCCAUCCGGACAAACGGGCCCCGCUCGGGAUCGACUACGUCCGCAGGAGCAUCCUCGUCGAGCCAGAGGGACUUGCCAGGGAGUACACUUACAGCGUUUUCUUCUGUCCUAAUGAGAAAAUCCACAUUUCCACUCCUAACAAAUACGAGUUCCAGUACGUGCAGAAGCCGGCCCGCAUGACACGCUUCGAGGUGGCCGUGAAGGCCCACAACAACGCUCACGUGGCCCUGUCCUCGGCUCCCCACGACAUGGCCGAGAUGGCCGAGAUCGUCAUCGGCGGGCGGCAAAACUCCCGGACGUGGAUCUCGGCCAGCAAAAUGGGGGACCCGGUGGCCAGCGCCGAGACGGAGGGCAUCCUCUCCUGGGACGAGUUCCGGACCUUUUGGAUCCGAUGGGACCACGGAGUCAUCCAGGUGGGCCACGGCCCUUCCGCCCUCAACGAGUCGGUCAUUGUGACCUGGGCGGCCCCUCGGCCACUGGACGUGAAGUACGUGGGCUUCUCCACGGGCUGGGGCUCGGUCGGCGAGUUCAAAAUCUGGAGGAAAGAGGAGGCGGAUGAGAACCACAACGAAGCCUUCACGCUGGGGGUCCCUCAUAGCGUCGUCCCAGGGUCAGAAAGGGCCACCGCUUCGGUCAUCGGGGACGUGAUGGGGCCAACACUCAACCACCUGGACAACCUCCUUCAGCUGCCGUUCGGCUGCGGCGAACAGAAUAUGAUCCAUUUUGCCCCCAACGUCUUUGUCCUCAAGUAUCUCCAGAAGACCAAACAGCUCAGCCCGGAGGUGGAGAGCGAAGCCAUGGACUACCUGGUGCAAGGAUACCAGCGCCAGCUGACCUACAAGAGGCAGGAUGGUUCCUACAGCGCCUUCGGGGAGAGGGAUUCCUCCGGAAGCAUGUGGCUCACGUCCUUCGUGCUCAAGUCCUUUGCCCAGUCCCGAGGGUUCAUCUUCAUCGACCCCCGGGAGCUCUCGGCCGCCAAGGACUGGAUCAUCCGGCACCAGAAGGAGGACGGAUCCUUCCCGGCCGUGGGCAGGAUAUUGAACAAGGACAUUCAGGGUGGGAUCCACGGGAAGGCUUCGCUGACGGCGUACGUGGUGGCCGCUCUACUGGAGACAGGGGUCGCUUCGGAGGAAGAGAAGGCCUCCGUGGCCAAAGCCAAGCGCUUCCUGGAGUCCAGCGUCUUCCCGGCCGAGGACCCCUACGCGGCCGUGCUGGCGGCCUAUGCCCUCUCGCUCCUGCGCAGCCCGCUGGCCCCGGCCGCCCUGCGCAAGAUGAACAGCCUGGCCAUCACGCAAGACGGCUUCACCCACUGGAGCUUGAUGGGGACCCUCGCCACGGACGAGGACAGCUUCAUGGGCUUCAAUGACGGCUUCUCGCAGUCAGUGGUGUCGGCUGAAGUGGAGAUGACCGGCUACGCACUGCUGACCUACACAGUCCUGGGGGACGUGGCCUCGGCGCUACCGGUGGUCAAGUGGCUCUCCCAGCAGCGGAACGCCUUGGGGGGCUUCUCGUCCACGCAGGACACCUGUGUGGCCCUACAGGCCCUGGCCGAGUACGCCAUCCUCUCCUACAUCGGCGGCGUCAACCUCACCGUUUCCCUGGCCUCCACCAACCUGGAUUACCAGGAGACCUUUGAGCUGAAUCGAGGCAACAAGAAGAUCCUCCAGAGUACUGUGAUCCCCUCCAUCCCGACGGGGCUGUUUGUGAGCGCCAAAGGCGAAGGCUGCUGCCUCUUGCAGGUCGACGUGUCGUACAACGUCCCGGACCCGGUGGCCAAGCCGUCCUUCCAGCUGCUGGUGAGCCUGCAGGAGCCGCAUCCGAAGAGGCUCCGCCGCUCGCCCUCGCAGCCCCGCGCGCCCUGGACCCUGCUCUUCCCCGCCGGGGAGGACGGCCCGGAGCGGGUGGCCGGAGGAGACGACGACGACCCCGCGGCCGACCAGGACCGACAGGAGUACAAGGUGACCGUGGAGACCUGCACGAGAUGGCUUCACUCCGGUUCGUCCAACAUGGCCGUCCUAGAAGUGCCUCUGUUUUCGGGCUUCCAAGCCGACGUUGAGAGCCUGGAGCAGCUCCUCGCGAACAAGCAAACGGGCCUGAAGCGCUACGAAGUGGACGGCAGGAAAGUCCUCUUCUAUUUCGACGAGAUCCCAAGCCAGUGCAUGACCUGCGUCAAGUUUGUGGCCUUCCGGGAGUACAUUGUGGGGAAGACCGCCCCGCUCCCCAUCCGAGUGUAUGACUACUAUGAGCCAGCCUUCGAAGCCACGCGCUUCUACAACGUGAGCGAGAGCAGCCCUUUGGCCCGGGAGCUUUGCGAUGGCCCGACGUGCAACGAGGUGGAGAGCGCCGCCAGCCCCUGGGCCGGUUUCGUGCAGGGCGGGCACUGCCGCGGGGUCUCCGGCUGCCUGGCGGGUGGCCUCUUUGAGCCGUGCUCGUGCGCCCGCGACUGCGGCUUCGACGGGGAGCCGGUCUGCGGCUCGGACGGGCGGCUUUACCCCAACCAGUGCCAGAUGGAGUCGGCUGCCUGCCGGAACAGCACCCGGGUCGAGCCCGUCCCGAUGGCCCAGUGCGGGAGGGGCCCAGGCAAAAGCGUGCCGGGAGAGAGAGGGACCCUCGUGCAGAGCCCGGCCCCCCCGGAGCCCACAGAGGAGGGCCCCACGCACCCGCUGGACUUCUCCUACUACUCGUACGAGUACGACCCGGACCCUUUCGCCUCCGAGGGAGGAGGAGGAGACUCCUUUGAACUGACCACCGCCACCGCCGCCAACGAGGACAGCACGGCCACAGCGGCAGAGAGUACCAAGGUUCACGGGGCUGCCGUCACGGCUGGAGAGUGAAGAAGCCCUUCAUUGUCCGGGCAUGAGAGAAGCCGGAGGGUCCCCUGGAGCUUUCGCUCCAAUGGGUUUGGCGAGUGGCCCUGCAGACGGGUGGCCUGCUGCGGCAACAGCCUCAGCCCCUCACCCGGCCCAUCCCUGCCUUCUCCCCGUCCUCGGGCUCAUUUUCUGCAGCCGGGAUCACGGAACGGUUUCCUUUCGCCAGGAAGACUUCCCGCUGCCUCCCUGCAAAUCCGGACUCUGCAAAUCCUCGGGAAGGUCGGGAGUUCUGCUCGUAUUUAUUGUCGAAGCGAUCCUUGGGUUCCUCCUCUUUGGGGAGCGGGCACGGAGGAGGACCACGAACCUACUUAGACGGAGAGGGUGCCCCGCGUGGCUUCUUCGCUUCGGUUCCUCUCGCCGUGGACUUCGUCUUCGCGUGAGAAAGAGCCGUACAGUUGCAGCUUCGGAUAUUGCUCCGUCCUCGCGCUCGAUCCUUCCUUUGCGGGAGGGUUGUGGGCGGGGAGAAGUUGGAUUUAGAUACUGAUAAAAUAUUUUAUUAAAAAUGGAUUUCUAAAAGGAA